GCCAACGCGCGCGUUCCCGAGAGGGAUCGGUAGAAAAUGGCGAGUCUGUGCAAGAAGCAGCAAUGCACGAUCGAGAGGCGAGGCUUUCGGCAGGAACUUGACUCGUGGCGGCACAAACUCAUUCAUUGUGUAGGUUUUGAGAGCAUUUUAGAAGGGUUGUUUGGGUCGGGGCUGCUGGAGGAUCUAACGUUAUUUAAAGACUGUGAGCCUGAAGGUGUGUCAGACUGGUCAUUUGAUGAGAACUGCCUGUUCUGCUGCUUAAGACGGGACAAAGUCAAGGAGCACUUAGUUGGCCUGAGCAACCAGGGGUUGGAGAGUGGGGCUAAACCCCUGCUGGUCAAAGACCAGAUUAAGAUCAACAGACUCGAGAAACGAGCUGAGGAAUUUCUCAGUGCAGUCCUCUACAAAAAAGAUGUCCCCAGCUUCUCAGACCUGCACAUUCCAAUAGUGGCUCGGGAGAUAAUGCAGAGGAUGAUCCGCCAGUUUGCUGCUGAAUAUACCUCAAAAAACAGCUCUUCUUCUCAGGACAUCCCCUCUGCCCCCAGCCCUGCUACCCAGCCCCACUCAGAUCAGAGCCUGCCACCUCCCCCCUCGCUGCCCCCUGCUGCCAGCCUUGGUGGUACUGCUACAUCCUCCGUACCCAGCCAGAACCCUGUCCUCUCCAAGCUGCUUAUGGCCGACCAGGACUCGCCUCUCGACCUCACUGUCAAAAAGCUUCCUCCACAGCCUGUAGAACAAGAUGGAGUCCUGGACCUGUCACUCAAAAGGGGAUGGGCCAGAAGCAGCAUGUCAUCGCACCACAGCCCUCACUUUUCCCAGAUGUCCACUCUCAGAGGGCGUUCCCUGAGAGCUGACGGACAGGCCGGGCUGCCUAUGAGGAGCCUGCAGGAUGGGAGGAGGAGGGAGAAUUUCGGCCACUCUGCCGCUUUAAAGCCCACCUCGCCACUCGGUCAUGUGCCGCACAUCAAACAGGAAGUGAACCAGGAUUCCGACACAGAGUUGUCUCCCAACCAGAACUACACCUCCAGACCCUUCGACCACCUCUCUCUCUCUAGGUAUGGUUCUCCGUCCUGGGCCUCCAAGACCCACUUCGGGGCCCUCUUGAAGCUCCGGGCCAACCGCGGAGCCGGGGACCACCUCAAAGACCUACCGAGCCUGCUGGAGGCUGCGGGGCUCUUCAAGUCCCCCUCCUGUGGGAAGGCAAUCCUCCAGGCCCGGAGAGACCAGGGGCUCUCCCUUUCUCACUCCCCGCCCGUCGACCUCAAAAUCCCCCAGGUGCGAGGCCUAGGAGGCCUGGGUGUGGACCUCUCCUGGGGCUCCCUGAGCUCUGAUUCCUACAGCCUCCCUAGCCCCCACUGUGAGAACAGCCUCGGGAAGAGGCUUAGGUCCAUCCUGCCCAAACACGGUCGCCGGGGAAGCAGUGGAGGUCUGGACGGUCCUGGAAGAGAUGGGGAGUACUGGGGUUCAUCUGAUGCAGACCGCCCUGCCUCUGGGGGGCAGUACCCUACCUCUGACCCUGAGGCAGACCUCUGCAACAAGCAGCCGAGGAAGAAGAGGGGAAGAUACCGUCAGUACAACACAGAGCUGCUAGAAGAAGCUAUAGAAGUGGUUAUGGGGGGGAAGAUGAGCGUGUCCAAGGCUCAGACCAUCUAUGGGAUCCCUCACAGCACUCUAGAGUAUAAAGUCAAGGAGCGCCUUGGCACCCUGAAACACCCGCCCAAGAAGAAGCUGAAGCUGAUGAGCCACAUGGAGGAACUGGAGGGUAUGGAGGCCCCAGAGGGCAAAGAGGCUCUGGAUGCGCCCCUGGACCCCCAGGAGUCGCUGUGUGAGGGGAGACCGUCUGUGCCCAGAGAAAAUGGCAGGGAGCUGCUCGGCACAGGCCUCUCACCAGACAAGUGAUUUUAUUAGGAUCCCCAUUUUCUGCUGCCAAGGUACUUGUUGAUGACGCAGUACUUGUUGACGAUGAUGAUGUUUUUAUCCAGACCAGGUAAUCGUUUGCAUUUGUCAGACAGUGGCAGUGACUGAGUCUAUAUAGUGCACAAAUAACCUGUUUUUGUAUGUUGAUUUUAUUCCAAAAGCACUUAUAUUUACUCUGCUCAAAUCCUCUGACUCAAUCUGACCUAUUCAUCUUAGGUCUUUAAUUGUUUUAAAAUAUUUAUAAAGCCUACUAUGUGGCGGCUGUUCAAGUCAAUCGGAAACUAAAGUGUCUCUCUUUUAACUCUCUAGCUUGCCAAUAUCCCUAGACAUUGUUUAAAACACUCCACAUUUGAAAUAUGUUUUGGUAGUUUUUAUGAUUGUGCUGCCCUUUUCUACAAUAUGUUAACUGUUCAACCUAACACUGCUUUAGAUACGGUGCCAAGUUAAUCCUAAGCAGUACCCCAGUUACUACAGCACUUAGACCAGUGGUCUCCAACCCAUGUCCUGGACAAGUACAGGAUGUAGGGGUCUUAUUCUAGCCCAGCACGAAGACACCUGGUUCAAUAUAAACAAGGCCUUUUGUAAGUGAUUAGUUGUAUCGUGUGCCAAUGCUGGGCUGAAACAAAAGCCUGCACACCUUCAGCACCCAGGUUGGAGACACCAGAACAUGUAUUUGUUUGGGUCAUUAGCAUGAUGCUCAGCCCUCAACAUGUUAUUGGUUAUGUAGAAUCAAGGCUUGUUUGUUUUAAACUCCCUAUUAAUAUUUAAUAUAAAUAGGAUUAUUUAUUAUUUUACUUUAUCUUGAAGUCAAAUGCUGGUGGACAGACUCUCUUUCCCUGUCACUGUUUAGCAAAUGCACACCUGAGAUUGAAUAGACCAAACUGCAGCAAAAAGAAUAUGCGGUUGCAAGGAUUCAUGCAACCAUUGUCUACUACUGAAUAUCUUAAUGUACAUUUUGUAUGUUUGUUUGUUGGGAGAACAGAUUCCCCUGUCCACAAUUUCACCACCUUCUUAGUUACCAACCAAACCUCAGAACUAAACUCUCCAAAAGCACGCCAGAUUACAACCACUCCGACAUGUCACAUUCUGCGGUUGUAGGAAGAAUGGAACAUUUUGUUACUCGUGUUCACUCGUAGCCUUCACCACAACUCAGGAUAAUGUUUGUGUGGGGCUGCAGUACUUGUCAGAAUGCAUAUCUCGAUCUUUAUCAAAACUGUAUAUACUAUGUUAGAUAUCUAUACACAAACAUACCUCUCUGAUAGAUAUAUAGCUUACUUAUUUCCAUGCCUCUUGUAUCAUCUGAAAAGGGGAAAUCUAGUUUGUACAUCCGCAAACAGACAUUUUUGGGACGUCUUACCAUUGACUGAUAUGUGCACCAACCUUUUUCAGGUGUUCUCACAACCUACCUUUAACCGAUCUCCAUAGAAUUGAUUUACCAUUUUAGCCUUCUGGACAUUCUUUCAAUUUGAAUCUGAGCACAACAAACUUCAGGUAGUCUCGUUACAUCUAGGGAUGACUGUCCCUACUUAAUAGAAGGUAAAGACAAGGGACAGGUGGAAAUGUUCAUUCUUAAACUUUUAUUUUUUAUCUUAACUGUAUUCCAAAAAUGAAUGAUUUUAUUGAUCUUUUCCUGAUCAUAUGUUAGAUUGCAGCUUUUAUAGUACCUUAUUUCAAUGCAGUAAAUUGAUGUGUCUCAAACAGGUUUUCACCAUGUGGCACAUAACACUAAGGAAAUGAUGUGGAGAAGUGUACAAUAUGCAGAAGCAGAGAUGGUCCGUUGCUGUUUCAACAUCAUGAUGCUCUUAGACGACAUCACAUAGUUCCACCGACGCCAUAUUUGUUCCUCCGCGGUAAUACCGACCAAUAACUGUUUAUGGAAAUGUCACAAUUGUACACCCAAGUUCACCUACCUAAUUCUAGAAUCGGAACUGGAAUCCAGAUGCUCAUCGUAAAUAGAAUGCUUGGGAGCAGCAACAUGGCGUCUGGCUGUGAAUUUGUCCAAACUACUCUGAGUAUAUGUAUGCUACUACUCACCCUAUCAACAGUUAUACCUCAGUACAUUCCAGAAUGUUGGAUCAAGCUCCUAUGGUCCUUGUAUCAGGCUUAUAUUACAGUACUUUCUUACUGUCAUCAGACAGGUGUUGUUCGUACAGUUCUUGGAAAUCUUUAUAGAUAAAGACACAGUAAGAUGGUUUUUUUUCUUCUAACUCUUAACCCAGUAAGUUCUUAUGCAGCAUUCUUGAGACUGGGCCAAAAUUCUAACUUGAGAUUCACACACAUUGCCGUCAUUCAUGUAAAUCGUAAAUGCUUUGGAUGUAAAUGAGAUAUUUACACAAGCAUUUACACAAGCAUGUGUUUUAUCAAGUUGUAUUUCGGCCUACAGUGAACACAUAGCGAUAAACUCUUAAUAAAGAGAUUAUUCCUAAAACUUCACUAUCACAUGAAAUGCAGAAAACAAGAACCUUCCUCAGGCAAGGCUUGGCCAUACGGUCUCCUCUUCAGGUUUAAAAACAUGAAAGGUUUAAAAAGGACAAUGUAGCAUUUCAGAAUCUCGGUGACAUGUCCUUUAGUCUUGUAGGUGGAUAUAAGGAUGGUGACCGCUAAUUGGUGUGAAUUUAAUUCCUACUUUUAAAUGUACAUUGUAUAUAGAUGGGUGGGUUGUUUAGCAACAAAAACUGAUGCGUGCGCAACCGUGGAGCAAAACCGGCGGGGUUGUAGACGACAUGGGAACUAUUUCCUCCCCCAAAUCUUUAUUCAAAACAUAAAUAAAUGUGCACAAUCAGCACUUGUCUCAAGUACGUUAUGUUGGUUAGCUAACUGGCUAGUUUUUGCCAUAUUAGCAUAGACGUGAAGAGUCAAAACAAGACCGAACAAGACACCUACAACGCCCCACAUGGCAGCUUCUUGUUAUUGUUGCUAGCUAUCUGACCAUCCAGAAUCAAACAAACUCCCUUCUGCCCCAUUGACGCAUGUGCAUCGUUUUUGUGACGUCAGCUAACCCAUCUAUAUGCAGAAUCUUUUGAUGACCUUGCAAACUAACUGUGAUCAACAUGAAUAGCCAUAUAUAGUUAAGUCCAGGCAUAUGCUUCACUGGAGUUACAAUGGAUUUACAAGUUAAUUUUAUUGAAAUUGGUCAUCAGAAAUUAAUCAAAUUGGCAUCUUUUUUGUUUUUGAGGUUGAGUCCAUUUAGUAGCGGACGGGCCACAAAGAAAAAAGUCAAGUAAAUGACUUUAAUCAGAGUAAACUAACAUUUUGAGUUGCCAGGCUUUUCUGGGUUACCAUGGAGCCUUGGUCCUAGGUAAUUGCUUGCCAUUUUAAGUCCAAAUACUGAUCCAAGAUUACACUAUUUGGAGAGAAACAAUUCCAGGUUUAGAUUUUCCAGCUCUGUUUUGAUAUUAGCAUUUUGCAUGCGAUCUGUUCUUGCAUGAUACAAAGCAAGUGAGACUCGUGUUUAAUACCACGUAUGGAACCUGUGGUGUACGUCUUUAAUGUUGAAAUAACACAAAUCUACAGUAGCAAAUCUGUUGGUUUCUACUACCUCAUUUCUAGAAAAGGAUUGACCCUCUUCUCCAAAUAAAUACAACUUUGAGGCAGUGGUGUACGGAUGUAGCAACAUCCCAUAAACACAAGCCAGGGAUAUGGGCAAAAGCUCUCUUGCAGUCCAGGUUGAUGUGCUUAAAUCUGCUAGAUAUUUGUUGACUUGCUGCUUUAGAUAUAUGCCAUAAUCUUGCUAUUGUUGUCAUCAGUUUAGUGAUUUGCCGCCCAUGGCCUAUCAGGUCCAUUCAGCUACCGAAAUAAUUGAUGUUUUGAGAUGACUUGAGCAAGAAUGAUGAGCAAGAAUGUUCUUGGAUAAGGCGGUUCUAUGAGACUACUGGGAUUUAAACCCUUUUGUGAAUAAUUCAAGGUUCCGUAAAAGUUUUGUGCACCCUGCUUGACUCUAUGUUAAAGGUAAGGAAGUUUUAGAUGUACUGUGGUGAUUGGGUUUUGUAUGUUAGGUAAGUGUUUCUACUGAUGUUGUGUUUUUGAGUAUCUUGUAGCCAUUCUUCCCAAUUAUUUGAUUCGAACCUACACACUUAAUAACACAUAGAUGACACUCAAGAUUUGCAGACCCUUCAAGUCAAUGUGAAGAUUUAUCUUGACAUGAUAGAUGUUGUAGUUCUUUGACUCAUGCCAUAUUUUAGGAGAGAACGAUGCUUCUCCUAACUUAAAUAGCCCUGAAUGUAAACAGUUUUAACACUAAUUCUACCAAACUAUACUCAGAGACAGAUUUUACAGAUGCAUAUAUAAAACUAGUCGUGUAUACAUACAAAUAAAUAUAUUGCUUAUUGGUACAUAGUAUAGUUAUAUUUAGCUCUUAUCACAGAUUCAGGGAAGUACAGCUGAGAUGUCAAAACUACUCUCAUUUUCCAUUCUGUUUUGACUGGAUGUUGACGAGGUCACGUCUAUGAUAGUGACCGCGGUCUUCAAAUAGUCCUUUUGAUUAAAGACAGUGUGCUGAUGUGUACAUACAGUAUGUGUAUAGUAUACUGAAAAGGUGGGGUUUGGGGUUAUUGUAAAUGCUUUGCUUUCAAAUAAACUCAAAAAAGCAGACCAUGGCACUCCUGAGCGCAGACUACUGUUCUGUAAUAUUUGAACGUAUAAAACUACUUCUAUUAAUGAAAUUGCUGAUGACAUUUAAACUUAAAUACCUUUUUUAUAUUUAGGAAAAUGUAUGAAGGAAUUAGAUUUUGCAUGAUUUCCAGUGUGUGGAUUGAAGGCAGCACGUGUUGUAUUGUUGGCUAUGUGAAGUGGAAUUCGUGGAAUCCUGUAGCUGAAGGAUUUGUUGAAAACACGGAAGUGUAUGCAAGGCAAAUUAUUGUCACAGACAAACUUUGAGACUAGAAUUCUUAGUCAAAUCUGGCCAUGAUCUAUACAGUGGCCUACUUUUAAGAUUUGUUUAACUAACUCCUAUAUCUAUAUACCAUGUGUUCUUAAUGUUUGCUAAAUCAUUUUUACUCGCUCUAUGAAUUCUAAGGUAAAUAACACUGGUGCAUAUAUAUAUAUAUAUAUGUGUUUGAAAUAUCUGUCCCUUCUGUUGCUGUCAUUGUCUCUUGCUCUAUUUCUGCUUGUCUCCCCCAUCCUUUUUGUUGAGAACACGUGUGAAUUGUCAUUUUCAUAUUCAUAUUAUUGUGGUCAGAUAUUAACUCCCCAAUUUUGAAAGAAAAGUGGAGAGAGACAUGGAAACCCUCAGGGACAAAACACACACCCCUCAUUCCUUCAGGUACUGUCUAUACACGUAGGCAUAGCAGGGAUUUGAAGUCCUGUAAACAAAAUCCAACACACCAAAAAUGGGUCAGAUACUAGUUUAGGCUAAACCGUGGCUGUUUCAGUUUAGCUUUUUUUUGUUUCUUAAAAAUGUUUUAUUUAUUUUUUAAGUUGCAUGUGGAUUGUUUUUUGGCCUUUUGCACAAUUAUUCUUUGACUUAAGGUGGUCCUGUGUUUGAGCCAAAACAUCCAUUUUUUAUCUCUGUGGUUUUUAUUUUUUAAAUCAUUUUAAAACGCAAUGAAUGUCUAUGUAAAACUCAGUUCAGGUAAGAUGUUAGCCAAACAUGGUUUUUUAAGCUGCAUUUAUGUCUCCAGCCCACAGUGCCUCAGACACCAUAGUUAUCACACUGCGUUGAUAAUGAACUACUGUUUAACAGAAUACAUUUGGACCUACUCUCUGAGCAUCUGUGGAAAAGGUGAAACAUUGAAGAGAAGGAAAAUGCAUUCAAUCAUCCAUUUUGGUAGAUUGACACUGCGUUUAGUCAAACAUCUUCUGAUUUAACACAAUUAUUCUAAUGCAAGUGCAAUGUAUUAUUUAUUUUUUUAAAUUUCGUGAUUUGUUGGGAAGAUUUAUUUAGUUGGAUGUUCUCUUUGAGCAAUCAUUUCUAUUCUGUCUAUCUAAGCCCUUCUGAUUUAGAGCUCUGCUUGGUAGCCUAAAUGUUGCUACUUUGGUUUGACAGCUCUACGGCUUUUACAUUAAGACUGUACUAUAUUGAGUCUGUAAUAGCAAGUUAUUCCUUUUCAAACGUUUGAAAGCAGCCCUUUUUAGUCCUAUGCUGUGGUCUAAUUGGGAUGACUUGCAAUGCUGGGACAUUAUACUUCAAACAGAGGACUGAGGGACAUUUUUUAAAUUAUAAAAGAAAAUAUAUUAAAUAUCUUAUUUCCAGCUUUAGUGUCCUAUAAGCAAUUCGGUUACUUUUUUUGAAAUACCUAAUUCAGUAUUCAAGACAAACAUUAAAUAAAACUGUAUUUGUUUCAUUUAUGUGGUCAGAUGCUCAGAUAGCAGGUACACCUAAAUCUAACUAGACCUCAUUUCAGUAAUUGCCAUUUACAGUUUGGCAGACUCAAUAGACUUACAUUUUUCUACUGUAAUUUAUGAAUGUUUUUCUUUUUUGUACUAUGUUAUUAGAACUUCUUGGCUAUGGUCAAUUGUCUUUCUAGUACAGAGGACUUAAUCAGUAAGUUAAUUUGAUUGCACAUGUACAUUUUCCAAUUUUGAAUGCAAUUUUGAUUUGAUAACUUGACUAAUAAAAUAUGCUAUGUAAUCUU